CAAACUGAGUGAAAAGUAAAGUCUCCACCUCUAUCAACAGCUUUGUUGAAACUGGACGACAUUCAAAAAAAGAUAAAGUUAGUGUGAGACAAAGCAGCCACAGCAGUUUCAGCUUAGCUUCACUACUAUAAAAGGACCUUCAGCAGCAGCUGUGGAAACAUUCGGUCCAGCAGAGAGUCAAUCAUGAGAAGUCUGGUGUUUCUCCUCUUUGUGGCUUUGGCCAACGCAAGAACCUACCAGCGCUGUGAAUGGGCCCGAGUGCUGAAGAAUAAUGGGAUGGACGGCUACCAUGGCUACAGCCUGGCCAACUGGGUUUGUCUGACCCAGCAUGAGUCGAACUAUAACACCGGAGCCAUCAACCACAACACUGAUGGAUCUACUGACUACGGCAUCUUCCAGAUCAACAGUCGCUGGUGGUGUAAUAAUGGCCUCACCCCUACGUCGAAUGCAUGCGGCAUCCAGUGCAGCGAGCUUCUGACCAAUGAUGUCAGUGUGGCAAUCAAAUGUGCCAAACGCGUCGUUAGGGAUCCCAACGGCAUUGGAGCCUGGGUGGCCUGGCGCCGUUACUGCCAGAACCGCGACCUGAGCUCCUAUGUGGCAGGAUGUGGUCUUUAAUCAACACAUGGAAGCAGGACAGUGUCAUCAGCAUAAUAAAAUUCUCCAAUGUUCA